AUGGGUGGCUGCGUUGUCUCGUUGCUGGACGCGAGGAAUCGGUACUCCAUUGUCACCCACAAUGACGUGAUGGAGUACCGUCGUCUUGGCGUGCUGAACGUCCCUGUCCCGGACACGGAGAAACCCGACGCGUCAGCUAUCUAUCGCAUUGCUGGCUACGACGAUGCGCAACAGAAACAACUCUCAAAAGAGUUGUACAACGGGCCAAACCUCACGCAGCGUUUUGAGACAAUUUGUCUUCGCGACCCAAAGCGACAUGCGCUUGCAUACCGCCCAAUUGAUCGCGUGGAGCAGGAAACGAUGAAAGACGUUGUUACUGGCAGCGAAAAGGUAAUGGAUGUCACUUAUCUCAAUGAAACUAAGUACAUGACCUUUGAGGCUCUAUGGGAGUGCAUGCUUUCCUUUGGGCGUGGCCUGGUGGAGCUCGGUAUUCGGCCGAACGCCAAUGUCGCCAUUUACGAAGAGACACGUUGGGAGUGGCUAGCGACUAUCUACGGCAUUUGGUCACAGAGCAUGGUGACUUGCACCGUGUAUGCAACAUUGGGCGAGGCCGCGUUGGCGUAUGCACUUCGGGAGACGGAGUGCAGUGCGAUUGUGUGUAACGCGAAGAACGUUGCACGCCUUGUUGAAUUAAUUACUCACGGCAAUAUCCCUCGAGCUUCAAUUAUUUACAACGACACCCUGCCAGCAUCUUUUGAUGCAAAAGGCUGCCGCGUGAUUCCAUGGUCUGAGGUUGUGGAGAUGGGCCGCCGAGUUGCCGAGCAAGUUCCCUUGCGAAUACCGACUGACAACGACUUGACAGCGCUGAUUAUGUACACAAGUGGUACCACGGGAGAUCCAAAGGGCGUGGUGCACACACACGGCUCUCUUGUCGCUGGGGUGAGCGGGUUGAAUUACCGUGUGUUGGAUAAUAUUGGCCCUUACGAAGAAGGUGAAACGUAUUGCGUGUAUCUUCCACUUGCCCACAUCAUGGAGUUUAGUGUCAUGAAUAUCUUUGUCGCACGCGGGGCGUUGAUCUGCUUUGGUACCCCGCGAACAUUGACGAGGGCUACUGCCCGUCCCACCGGUGACCUUGAGGAAUUUAAUCCGGUUUUUAUCAUUGGCGUGCCACGUGUCUACGAAUCAAUUAAAAAAGCAGUUCAGAUGAAGUUGCCCCGUGCUGGAUCAAUGAAACGCCGUGUAUUUGACCACGCGUAUGAGACUCGUUUACGGGCCCUCAAAGACGGCAAGGACACGCCUUACUGGAACCAAAAGGUGUUUGACAAGCCGCGGGAGGUUUUGGGCCGGAAUUUGCGCAUUAUGCUCUCCGGCGGCGGCCCGCUCAGCGAUGCCACACAAGACUUUGUGAAUGUUGUUUUUGGGCUAAUAGUUCAGGGUUGGGGUCUCACAGAGACGGUGUGUUGCGGUGGAAUUCAGCGCACUGGCGACAUGGAUGUGGGGUCGGUGGGACAGACGGAGCCAACAGUGGAGUUCAGGCUACUGGAUGUGGAUGAGUACAAGCACACGGACACUCCCGAGCCGCGGGGGGAGAUUCUUCUGCGGGGCCCGUUCCUCUUCAAGGGCUACUACAAGCAGGAAAAACUCACGCGGGAGGCUCUUGACGAGGAUGGCUGGUUUCACACGGGUGAUGUUGGCAGCAUUGCGGCGAACGGUUCCCUGCGUAUUAUUGGCCGUGUGAAGGCAUUGGCGAAGAAUGUGCUGGGAGAGUACAUUGCAUUGGAGGCACUGGAGUCCAUGUAUGUAGACAACGCACUCUGCAUGCCUAAUGGUGUGUGUGUGCUUGUCCAUCCUGCUCGUUCGUACAUUUGCGCGCUGGUGCUGGCAGAUGAGACAAAGGCUAUGAUGUUUGCAAAGGAGCACGGCAUUGAGGGCAGCUAUCCGGAUAUCUUGCGUGACCCGGCGUUCCAGCGCAAGGCCACGGAGUCCAUGCAGGCAACGGCACGAAGGGCAGAUCGGAAGCCUAUGGAAUGUGUGCGGCAUGUGCGUUUUCUCAACGAUGAGUGGACGCCUGAGAAUGAGAUACUCACGGCGGCUGGCAAACUGAAGCGCCGCGAAAUUGACAAGCGGUACGCCGACGUAAUCGAAGAGCUUUUUGCGGAUCCGUAA